UAUUUCCGUCGACAUUUAAACUUCGCCCUCGGAUGAGGAGAGCAGGCAAGAUGGCGGCUGCCCCGCUGUACUGUGUGUGCCGGCAGCCUUAUGAUCUCAAUCGCUUUAUGAUCGAAUGUGACAUUUGUAAGGACUGGUUUCAUGGAAGUUGUGUGCAGGUGGAGGAGCAUCAUGCUGCUGAUAUCGACGUCUAUCACUGUCCUAACUGUCAUCCCAUCCACGGACCCUCCCUCAUGAAGAAGAGGAAUAACUGGCACAGACACGAUUACACAGAGGAGGAUGAUGGGAGGCGGCCGGUUCAGGCUGGAACAGCCGUCUUCAUCCAGCAGCUGCAGGCCAGGAGCUUCCCCAGUGCUGAUGAGAUCGUGGUGCGGAUGCAGGGAAGUCAUGUGACACGGCAUUACCUGGAGACCGAGGGGUUCGAUUACCCCAUCAUAGUGCAGGACAUGGAGGGUCUGGGGCUCAGACUGCCCCCACCGUCCUUCUCCGUCAGAGACGUCCAGCACUACGUCGGUGGAGAUAAAGUGAUCGACGUGAUCGACGUGGCCAGGCAAGCGGACAGCAAGAUGAAGCUGAGGGAGUUUGUGAAGUAUUAUUACCAACCUGAACGUCCCAAAGUGCUCAACCUCAUCAGCCUGGAGUUCUCCGAUACCAAGAUGGCUGAGCUGGUGGAGGUGCCGAAAAUCGCCCGUGAGAUGUCGUGGGUGGAGAGGUACUGGCCGGAUGACUCCAUCUUUCCCAAGCCGUUCGUGCAGAAGUACUGCCUGAUGGGGGUGAAGAACAGCUACACCGACUUCCACAUCGACUUCGGAGGAACCUCCGUGUGGUACCACGUCCUCUGGGGAGAGAAGGUUUUCUACCUGAUCGAGCCGACCAAGACCAACCUCGCACUGUACGAGUCGUGGAGCUCGUCGGCCAAUCAGAGCGAAGUGUUCUUCGGAGAGAAAGUGGAAAAGUGCUACAAGUGCGUAGUGAAGCAGGGCACCACCGUGCUGCUCCCUACAGGUUGGAUCCACGCAGUUCUCACUUCUCAGGACUGCAUGGCCUUCGGAGGAAACUUCUUACACAACCUAAACAUCAGCAUGCAGCUCAAGUGUUAUGAGAUGGAGCGGAGACUGAAAACUCCAGAUCUGUUUAAGUUUCCGUAUUUCGAGGCCAUUAGCUGGUACGUGGCCAAGAACCUGCUGAAGACGCUGAAAGAGCUGCGAGAGGCUCAGCGUCAGCCUCAGGAGUAUCUGGUAGAAGGAGUGAAAGCUUUAAUCUCUGCGCUGAAGACGUGGCUGAGGAGGGAGUUAACGGCACCAAACAGCGAGGUUCCGGAUCACAUCCGGCCGAGUCUCCUGAUCAAGGAGCUGAGCAGGGAGAUCCGUCACCUGGAGGUGCAGGAGGAAGAUCCGAGUAAACCGGUGAAAUCUCAGGGAAGCGCAGAAAGCCCGUCCGGUCGUUCCUCGCUCGAGAGGCGACGCCAGGCGCGACAAGUCGCUCGAAGACUCGGAGACCAUCAUCGUCAUCACCACCACCACCACCAUCAUCAUCAUCAUCAUCUUCAUCUUCAGCAUCAGCAUCAUCACGAGCCCAAACUCCGAUCAAACCUGGACAUCCUGGAGCUGCACACUCGGGAAGUGCUGAAGAGGCUGGAGGUCGGCCCUCUGGAGGAGCAGGACUCACACGUGAGCUCCAAGGUGAACAGGAAGUUUAAGAAAGUUGUCCAGACAUCUGCCGUGACCGUUGAGGGUAACCAUGACAACGCGCUGCGAUUGGUGCUGUGUAACGGCAGAAUCAUGUGUGAGAGGCUGCGUCUUGGGAACAGAGCUCUGAAAUCUGAGAGAGACGAAACAUCGCCAUGCCAACAGCACCACGUUAGACCAGAAAAGCCAUCGUCAUGCCAACAAGAGAAAGUGAAAGUGGAGGCGGGGUUACAGUGCGUGGGUCAGGUCACUCAUCAUGAACUCAGGAUAAAGCUGACGAACCUCUCAGGGUUGCAGAAGGAAGAGGAGGAAGAUGAUGAAGAUGAAGAGGAGCAGAAGGACAGUUCAGAUUCAGGGAGCUCUGAGGAUGAAGAGGAGUGUGAGAUGCCUAAGAUGAGAAACUCAGGGAGUCAACAUCACAAACCACUCAAAAGGGAGCGUCCUUCCUCCCCCAGCAGGGUACCAGAGGGAGGCGCUGUGACUCAGGAGAUGUGGUGGAGCAGCAGCAGUAGCAGCAGCAGCAGCAGUAGCAGUAGCAGUAGCAGCGCAGUGUGUGUCAGCAGUAACACGAGUUCAGUAGAGGAGUGUUUAUACAGUGACAGUUCACUCUCUCCUGCACUCCAUCCAUCAAAACGACACACACACAACUCCAGCCCCAUCAGCAACCAGGCCACUAAAGGAAAACGUCCGAAGAAAGGCAAUGCGACGUCCAAGCAGAGGCUGGGCAAGCUGAUGAAGAUGAGCACACACACUCGACUGCUGUUAUAACACGACAGCGACACACACAUCUCACUACCUACACACACACACACACACACACACACACACACACACACACACACACACACACACACACAGAACUCGUACCUUGCAUGUUUAAGCUCCAAGGUAUGUAGGAAUGGCACUAGCACGCUGAUGCUGCACGGCGGAUAAUUCACGGCACACAUGCUCUGGGAAAUUAAGUGAUGAUUUAACAGAUAAAAAAAUUUAUUUUAAAAAAAAAACAAAAAAAAAAAAACAGCAGUGCAGGGAAAUUUGUGACGGAAAUAGCCAAAUGUUUAUGGAAGUGUUUUUUUUUUUGUGUUUGUUUCUUCUGCAAGUGCAGUGGAUCAAUACUGCUAACACGCCCUUGCUCACUUUGAAACGUGGUUCGAGCCCCAAGAACAUGAUUUUUCAGAAAGUGAUAUUUGCGUUAUUACAAUAUUAAACCAAAAUCCAUUAUUUUGUAUUUGAUCUCUUUUUAAACUUCCAGUCAGAUCUGAAAAAAAGUCGUCCCAUAGUUUCUAAACGUUAACCCGACUCAACUCAACGGAAGCUCCUGGGUACCAGCUGUGAGUAUUUAUAAUCAUACUAACACGUUUUAAUAAUAAUUCUGAAAAUCUCAACGAUUAAGUGUUCCCUGAAGUGUCUAUGAAUUGAAACUUUAAUCUGUGACAGUCGCUUGUUUAGUUAAGGUUUAAAAAAUAAAAAUAAACACUUUUCCAGAAAGGUUUUCCAGCUGAUCCUAUCAGGUGCUAGGUGUUAAAUGUUUGCUAGCUAAAUUAACUAGAUAGCUAGCAGUUGUUUUAAUUUUCUUUGAACUUUCUCACAAUUUAUAGGCUGACAUUGCGAUAUUGAUGUGUGAUCGAAAAGAGAACUUUUCCCGAGUUAACGUUGCAAAAUGAAGAAAUAAACGUAUUAUCGAAACUCGUUUCAUAAAUUUGGCUAUCAGUAUCGGUUAAGUCUCGCUAAACUGUUUUUAACUUAUAACAUUAAAACUAACAAGUAUCAUUAGUCAAUUACAGUCAAUAACAAAUUACGCCCACUUUUGUCUUUGCAAAUCAUAUUUCUGGACAAACUUGUAGCAAAAUUACAAAGGAGAAAUGUUUAUUUCACGUAAAAGGUUGCGUAGCGGACAUUCUUGAAUUUUUCUCAUUAAAUUUCUCAGCCUACGUUGCGAUAUUGAUGCGUGAUCGAAACGAGAACUUUUGCUUUCCCGAGUUAACGUUGAGAAACGAAGAAACAUAAACGUAUUUUAGUAACUUGUUUCAUUUUAUGGGUAUCGGUUACAUUUUACCAAACUGUUUGUAUUAAAACAUGUAAACUAGCAGCCAUUAUCAGUCAGUUACGAACAAAUCACGCCUAUAACAAAUUCUUACAGAUCAUAUUUCCGUGCAAAUUUGGUAUUUUAGUAACAAUUCUGAAAAUGUUAACGAUUAAGUGUUCAGUGAAGUAGGAACAAAGAAACCGAUAAGAAAUUAUAAAUCGCGUUGCUUUAUAAGGAAGGCGACGCCUCCUGAGUCCAGUGACAGUCCUGCGAUUGCAUUUCAGUGUAGCGCGACUGCAACGCAGUGAUGAAAGUGAAAUGCAGUGAAACAGGAAAUUACAUUCACUUCAGACCAGCGUCAGUGUUUCAUUCUUUAAAAAGCGGCUCCCUGCUGAUUGUUUUUCACUGACGACGUAAAGCAACGUAAGAGCAAUGCAGUCAAGGGUUUGCUUUUCAGUGUAGCACGUUUUCCUAAACGGAAAAAUAAUACCAUUUCACACUUUCCUCCAGUAUGAUUGGUCUUCUGUUUCACACGGAAUUUUCAUCAUCGUGUUUAAGCCCACUUUGAUUAAAAAUAAUAAUAAUAACAAUAAUAAUAAUUAGCAAUAAUGCUCCGAAUGUAACCUUUUUAUGUAACAGUGUGAAGGUAACUACUUUCUAAAACAUUUAUCUGAACAAUAGACGUAACACUAGUAACCCUGUACACGAGGUGCGUUAACACCCUUAACGACCUGAGCGUUAAACCUGUGUGUGUGUGUGUGUGUGUGUGUGUGUGUGUGUGUGUGUGUGUGUGUGUGUGUAAUGAUCUGGCAGCUUUAUUACUAAUGAGUUCUGUAGCAUUAACACAUCUUCACCUGUUUUUAACAUCCACCAUCUAAUGAGAUUCCCGGAUGUAAAAUACUGAGAGACGGCGUUGUGCGAUGAAGUGGAGUUACUGCUACCACUCUGAAGUUGAUUAUUUUCCUAUAACAGCAUGCCCCCAAGUGUUUUAUUCCUCUUAUACCACAGCAACUUACCAUCAAUUACAAUUUAUAAUGUACUGAAAAACAACAAAUCAGUGUUUUAUCCAUUUUUCGUUACAUUGAACGUUCUCAGUUACCUUAUAGCAGCUAUAAACACUCGUUCUCUCUCUCUCUCUCUUUUUUUUGCUCUUUCUUGAAGUUAAUGAGACAAAACAGUAACGCAGCUUGUCGUCUUAUGUUACUGAGAAACCGUAAAACUCCUCUUUCCUGAAAGCUUAAAGGAAAGGAACGGUGCUUAAAGUGAACAAGGGCGUGUCGGAAACGGUAUUGGAACACAGCCGGAGUGUGUUAUCCAUUCAGCCAAUCACGGAGCUCUGAGUCUACAUUGUGUACAUUGCAGUCAGCUUCUCUUUCCCUCUCCUACCUCCACAUUCAACCUGUAGCAGAAGCAGAAGUGUGUGUGAUGUUUCUUGGGCAGCUUUCAUAUGUUUUUUUUUUUUUCUUCUGUAAAAUAAUCUGAUUAUUGCGUCUCAUUUCUCUACUUUUAACGUUGAUCACUACCUUCUUCCUGUUCGGCUGUGGCGUAAACACCGAGGGUCGGUGUGAUGAGAACGAUGCUCGGUGUAGUUCAGGGUAAUUUAUAAAUCUGUGUGAUAGUUUUUAAACGGUGCUGAAAGCAAUAAUUGUACAGUGUUUGAUUAGAUGAUUGAUGAUUGGUUGUUUUUUUUUUCCCAAUAUAUAUUUAAACAGGCGAGAUUUGUAGCCAUUGAGUAUUUCCAUUCUUUAACACUGAAGUCUGUUUUAUUUUCUGUUAAUUUGGCCGAGUUAUUUAGUGGGGAGGAUGCACUGGAAGAAAUUUGUAGCAAAAUUACAAACAUUAAAUUGUCGUUAGGGGGCGUUUCCCAAUCAUUUUGGUGCUUUCUGGUUGUUGGAUUUUUUGAUUGAACUGAAUCUGACAGUCACUUGGGUAGUUACGUUUAAAAAAAAAAAAAAAAAAAACUCUUCAAGCAAGGUUUUCUAGCUGAUGCUAUCAGGUGCUCAUAUUAGCUAGGUUUAAAGUUAGCUAGCUAAAUUCGUUAACUAGAUAGCUAGCAGUUAUCCUAAUUUUAUUUGAACUUUCUCACAAUUUACAGGAUGACGUCGUGAUAUUGAUGUGUGACCGAAAAGAACUUAACGUUGCAAAACGAAGAAACAAAAUAUUUUCGUAACUCGUUUCAUAAAUUCAGCUAUCAGUAUCAGUUAAAUCUCGCUCAACUGUGUUUAAAUUAUAACAUUGACUAUUGUUAUUCAAUUACAAACAAAUUAUGCCCACUUUUGGUUUUGCAAAUCAUAAUUCUGUAUAAAUUUGUAGCAAAAUUACAAAGACGACAUGUUUUUUUCACCUAAAAUGUGACCUAAUGGACAUUUCUCAAUUCUUGAACGUGAUUGGUUAGAAUGUGUACCAGUUAUUUCUGUAGAAAAGAGCAACAUGAGAACUUCUCUGUGAAUUUGUUUUCUUGGCUUGUAGCUACUCAGUGUUAGUUAGCAUGAGCCUUGUCUAGCUAGCUGUUGUUUUGAUGAUGGAUUUAAAGAUUUAUGUGGGAAAUUAGAUAAACUGUUACAAACAAGUGUUGGGGCUCGGAUAUAAAUUUACCAUGACAGCGACGUGCUAACGAAUAAACAUUAUUGAUUCCUGCGCAGGUUUAAUUUUAACAGCGUUAAGGAACGGGGGGGAAAAAAUACGGUUUUAUGUCCAACUUGGUAAUCUGCAAAGAUUUGCAGUAACUUUAUUUAUUUUAUUAUUUUUUUUCUUGCAAAAAUUCUGUCAAUUUGUUGGGGCUUUAUGAGAGAACGAAGGAACAUCAAGGCUCAUUAAUACAUCCCUCUCAUACCUUAUUCAAAUUUAUUUUCUUCCAAGGUUUUUUUUUUUCCAAGAAGGAAGGGGGGG